CAUCAACUAUCACCGUCUUCGUAUCUCCUCACCAACACCAUUACCAUGUCAUCCACAACCCUCCCCUUCUCCACAUCUCACACCGGUCUCACCCCUCCUUCCCCCGCCGACCUCCUCGACAUCACUACCCUCCAACCCCACACCUUCGUUUUCCCGCAACUAGCCACCAACCCUAACAUACAACCCCGUGUCCGCCUCCUCAUGUUUUUCAAACGUCUGCCGCAUAUCUCAGAAUCAAAGUUCCAUACCUGGUGGGAGACGGUCCAUGCAGAUUUAACGGUGAGCGUGCCGGGGUUUAGGAAACAUGUUCGGAGGUAUGCGCAAUUGCAUGUUACGCCGCAUUGGAGGGAUGUUGCGGCAGGGCUUGCUGGAGCACCACCUGCAGUUGAAGGAGAUGGGAUCGGAAAUGGAGAUGACGUUAUGAUGAGACCCCUGGGCUUCGACGCAUGUGGAGAAAUGGUCGUAGAUUCCGUGGAACAGUGGCAGGAAUUCGCAUCCGAUCCCGAAUUUGCAAAUAAAUUGCUCCCUGAUGCGGCAAACUUCAUGUUGACGCCCAUCUAUGUCUUUGCGUCGUAUGAAAAUCUCAUUGUUGGCCCUGCUAUGCCAGAGAGUGGUGGUAGGGAUGGGUUGGGCAAGGAGGAGCUGAAUGAGAAGUUGGAGAAGAGAGAGGAGAAGAUGUAA